GGGGUCUUCGACAAAAUUUCAAGAUGGCGUUGAAAAAUGCAGUUCAUCAGAAAAUUCUGACAGAUGUUAUUUGUGCUGUGAAGGGGUCUGAUUGGAAGGUGCUGGUGGUAGACCAACUCAGUAUGAGGAUGCUGUCAGCUUGCUGUAAAAUGACUGAAAUCAUGUCUGAUGGAAUCACUUUGGUAGAAGACAUCAACAAGAGAAGGGAACCUUUGUUGUCAAUGGAGGCUGUCUACCUUAUAACACCUACAGAGAAGUCCAUUCGGAAUUUGAUAGAAGACUUCAAAACCACCCAUACAUUACAGUACAAAUGUGCACAUGUAUAUUUCACAGAAGCUUGUCCUGAUGAGCUGUUUAACGAACUGUCCAAGUCACCAGCUGGAAAGUACAUCAAAACACUGAAGGAAAUUAACAUAGCAUUCUUACCAUAUGAAAGUCAAGUUUUCUCCUUGGAUUCCCCCAAGACAUUCCAGUACUACUACAAUCCACAGUACCAGUCAGGUCGUACACAGAACUUAGAACGAUGUGCAGAGCAGAUAGCUACACUAUGUGCUACACUAGGAGAGUACCCAUCAGUACGAUAUAGGAGUGAUUGGCCUAGAAAUGCAGAGUUUGCACAGUUGGUUCAGCAAAAGCUGGAUGCAUACAAGGCAGAUGAUCACACUAUGGGACAGGGUCCCGGACGAGACAGGUCCCAGCUGGUCAUACUGGACAGAGGGUUUGAUCCCAUAUCUGCCCUACUUCAUGAACUGACGUUUCAAGCCAUGGUCUACGAUCUACUACCCAUAGAGAAUGAUGUGUACAGAUAUGAGAAUCAAAUGGGAAAUGAUGUGAUAGAGAAAGAAGUUCUCCUAGAUGAAAAUGAUGAAUUGUGGACAGAUUUACGACAUGGUCACAUCGCAAAUGUAUCACAGAAUGUCACAAGAAAACUGAAGGAGUUUGCGACAGAGAAGCGGAUGAAGUCAGCAGGAGAUAAGACACAAACCAGUAUGAGGGACCUAUCGUCUAUGUUGAAGAAGAUGCCCCAGUACCAGAAAGAACUGAGCAAGUACGCCACCCACUUACACUUGGCUGAGGAUGCCAUGAGAUGCUACCAGGGACACGUCGACAAACUAUGUAAAGUUGAACAGGACUUGGCUAUGGGUGUUGAUGGAGAGGGAGAGAGAAUUAAAGACCACAUGAGGAACAUUGUACCAAUACUUCUAGAUCAAAAUGUCUCUGCGUAUGACAAAAUAAGAAUCAUUCUACUGUAUAUCAUUCACAAAGGAGGUAUAUCUGAAGAGAACCUUGCAAAGUUAGUGCAGCAUGCCCAGAUUCCCCCAGAAGAGAAGUGUAUUUUAACCAACUUACAAAACUUGGGAGUACCAAUCAUUUCUGAUGGUGGUAGACGCAGAGGCCAACAACCAUACCAGGCAUUUAACAGGAGGGAACGCAUCAGUGAACAAACAUACCAAAUGUCCAGGUGGACUCCUUACAUUAAAGAUCUGAUGGAAGAUGCCAUAGAAGAUAAGUUAGACCAGAGACACUACCCAUUCCUAUCUGGAGCUGCUAGGUCAAUGAUGAGUGGAGCAGCCCCCACCAGCGUAAGAUCAACAAAACAGAGUAUAUCUGGAGCUUCUAGUGCAAGAUACGGCCACUGGCAUCAACGUAAUGAGCAAUCACGAUCGCGUUCUGGGCCCAGGCUGAUUGUGUUUGUGAUUGGUGGAAUUAUGAUGAAUGAGAUGAGAUGCGCCUACGAGGUUACGAAAGGAGCGAAGAAUUGGGAGGUCCUUGUUGGAGGCACAUCUAUUCUUAAACCAGAGGGACUAUUAACUGACCUUCGGGAACUCAGCAACCCAAAUGUCGGUUGAAACACCAGGAUUUAGACAUCACUCUUAACAAACUUACACAAUCUAGUCUGCCAUUCAUUGUUGUCUUGAACCAACAUACACCAGUUAUGUGUAAACAGUAGAAUUAAUAUUAGAAGCAAAGGAUUGCAGAACUGCAAUCAACAAAUAUUCACAGUGUUGUUUUUGGCGCUUUGGGUCAGCCUUUAUGAGUGUCAGUGUUAUAAUUGUAAUGCAUUCCUCAGAAUUAUGCAAUGUGUUAUGCUAGUAAUACAACUGUUUGAAGGCUAUACUUGUAUAUGAUUUUCAUCUGGAUUUUAAAUCAUUUUUUGAGAGGCUUUAAAUACAUUUUCAAAAAAUAAAAAAUAUUUACUUAAAAUGGUGUCAAAAUGUAUGUAGUUUUAGUAAAUAAAAUCAGUUUCUGUAAAAUCAUACUAAAAAGCUUCAAAAUUGUAAUUUACAUGCCUAGCACUAUUUAUUAUUACUUUAAAAUGGCCUAUUGGAGAAAUUUCACAACAUAUGCAGUUACAUAUGCUGGAUGAUAUAACCGGUUUUUGUGCAAGUCCCAUCUUAUGUAUUGAUAUACUGAUUCAACUGAUUUGAAUUUAGUAUAUCACUAAGGACUGAUGUAUGAUUGAUAUAGAUUGAAUAUAUGGAUGUAGAAUAAAGAUAUAUAAAUCAGAUAAAUAUCUAAAUUAAAGUGUUAAUUUUCCCUGACACAUGUACUAGAAUAAUACAUGAUUAUGCAAGAAUCAUGUGAAAGCCGCUGACAAUACAUCCAUUUCAAUGUACUGGAUUAGAUUUACUUUCUAUCUGUUCUAAAUCAGGGGUCCAUUACUGGAAGUAUUUAUGCUCUGAAGUCAUGAUAAGUUUGAGUUGAAUAUUAUAGAAGUUCAUUGUUUCUAUUUUGAAAGAUUUAUUAAAGCAUUUCAAUCAAUGAUAUUAUUGUAUGUGAUAAUAGAGUGAAUUUUCUACUUUGCAUGGUCAGAUUUUCUAGUAAUGGACCCCUGACUCGCAGAGCUACCUAUGUAAUUACAUGUACUUAAUAGUGUAGCUAUAUUUAUCUAUUAUAUAGGCCAAGUUAAGUACAUUCUAUAAAGAAUAUGAAUGUUGUGUAUAAUGUGGUCGAUUAUAAUGUAAAUGUAUUAUAAGCAAAGGUUGUAUGUGCCAAUCAAAAGGUGUGGGGGGGUGGGGGCAUUAGGCUGAUGGACACCAAUAUAGGUGCAUAGCUGCACUACAGGGUGUUCUCCCAUGAAGGUACUGGUAAAGGGAGGAGUAUGUAUAGGUAUUGUUUGAAAGUUUAAUUUUAUUGUGUUAUCUAGUUAUAAGAAGUAUUUCAUUAGCAGCAUAUUGGGGAAUUGGGAUAUUUUAUUAUUUAUCGAUAAAAUAAUUCAAGUUAGGUGUAUUCUUCAAAGAAAAUCCAGGAAGAUCAGAAACUCAAAAGCUGGACUAAAAUAUGUAGUUGAUUCAGAUUGAAGAAAUUCAUGUAAAAUAAUGUACUGAGAUUUCUCCAGUUUAUGUAUAAUAAAAACUUCUCAAACUCUUGAGGGCAGUGUGCAAUACAAUUACAGAAGUUCGCAUUAACCUCACUUGACCUCAUUCAAACAUGUGGACAGUAGUGUGAACAAGAGAGUGUUUCACUAGAAUGAGAUUGUUAAGCUGUAUAAUGCCUGGGUCACAUUUUCUGCGAUUCAUCUUGAGUAUUUUGUUCAAAAUUGAAUACUCAAUCGGCUGGGCGCCGUAGUGAAAAUCUGAGCAAAUGUGACCAAGGCAUUAUGAAACCACUAGACUGUAAUAGGCUA